AUGGCCGGCCAUUUUGUGCAUCUCUUUGGAAGUGGAGGCUCCUUGUGGGCCAGCUCUGCUUCGGCCAUGCUCCCAAAGGCCUGGCUCGGACAGAAUGUGCCGAGAACACCGUCGAAGGGUGUCACACGAGGCACUGUUGCCCCGUCAACCAGCCUCCCUCGCCUGCACACAGCCCCGUCCCCUCCCUGUUGGGCAGGUCCAUCGGCGGACAGCGGUCCGGCACAUCUUUUCGCGAGCCGGGCCGACUUCUCGUUCGGCCCGCCCGCCGGCCAGCCCGGGCCAGACCCAGUCAGCAUAUCGAUUUCUGCCAGCCCGUUAAUGCACGCCAGCCUCGACGUCAUUCGCCCCGCCGGCUGA